UCGCUGCCUGGUGUGACAUGAUGCUUGGUAUUCCAUGCAGCAGCCUCCCACGCCCCGCAGCCACCCACGCCAGGAUCUGCGUCACGCAGCCGCGUGGGAGUGAGAGAGAAAUGUAGCAAGAGAGGAGCAACCAACUCGGAACAGUAGGGGAGUAGGGAUAAACCAACACUUAGCAGGUCCUUUAUACUAAACUUCUAUUACCCAUACUCGUUUGGCUUCUCACCGUGAGGGGAGAAUUGAAGAGCAAGAAAGGAACGAAAGGUUGGAUGAGCGGUGCGAAGAGUUCUGCAGGGAUGGCGGCGGCGUUGCCCAGGACCCUGGGGGAGCUCCAGCUCUACAGGAUCCUCCAGAGGGCCAACCUGCUGUCCUACUACGAGGCCUUCAUCCAGCAGGGCGGCGACGACGUGCAGCAGCUGUGUGAGGCGGCCGAGGAGGAGUUCCUGGAGAUCAUGGCCCUGGUGGGCAUGGCCAGCAAGCCCCUGCAUGUAAGGAGGCUACAGAAGGCCCUGCGAGACUGGGUCACCAACCCGGCCCUGUUCAACCAGCCCCUGGCCUCUCUCCCUGUCUGCAGCAUCCCUGUCUACAAGCUAGAAGCUAACGGUAAUGCUAACGCUAGCACACAUGUCAAAGUGCCCAAACUUCAGGCGUCGGCGUGUGUGGGGGAGCCCAGGAGAAGCGAGGCGUCGGCGUCAGUGGUGGGGGGCGAGGGAGGAGGGGGUUCGGCCUCAGGGUCUCCACUGCAGAGGGGCAGCGAGCCCCGCUUCUGGGCCUCCUUGUCCUCCCACGGUGGGGGAGGGGGACCGGAGAGCGAGCGCAGCCUGUCCCCAGCGGAGUUGACCCUGGGUCUGGCUUCCCCCUCGUCCCCCCGCGGCGAGGAGGUACUAGAUGCCGCAGCGUUGAGGUCGGUGGUGGAGUGUGUGGAGCGGCUGGCCCAGGCGCUGCCCCGGAGCGACCCGGCCGACGUGAAGGAGGGGCUGAGGGGCAACAAGAAGCUGGCCAAGAUGAUCUGCCACAUCCUGGACAUGGACGAGGACGACCCGAGGAGGGCGGAGGAGAUACGCAAGUACAGCGCCAUCUACGGACGCUUCGACUCCAAGAGGAAGGACGGCAAGCACCUUACGCUGCACGAGCUGACAGUGAAUGAGGCAGCAGCUCAGUUGUGUAUGAAGGAGGUGUCCCUGCUGACCAGGAGAGAUGAGCUGUUUGGUCUGGCUAGACAGGUCUCCCGGGAGGUCACCUACAAAUACACCUACAGGACCAGCAAGUCCCGAUGUGGUGAUAGAGAUGAGAUUUCUCCCAAGAGGAUUAAAACAGAGGAGGGCUUCUUUGACCUCCAGGAGGCCCUGCAGGCCAUCCACAUGAGACAAGAGACCCUGAGGGAGCAGCUGGCCACAGCCAAGUCUAAAGGAGAGGAGACCACAGGACGCAACAUCCAGCUGCAGCUGGAGCAUCUGCUGGCCAGGCAGAUGGAGAUCCUCCACGAGGCCAAGGCCCAGGACAGACUUCAGACCCUGGAGUGGAGGGUUCCUAUGGGGGGCUUCAAAUUCAGACACAGCACAGACCCAGAGCACCGCCACCAUACCAACGGAGGCUCCACUGAUAACACCAGUCUACAACCAGGCUGCUUCAUCCUUUAUCCCCAAGCGCUCCCUGGCUUAAUGACCCACAGCCUUUCCUCGUUGGGGCAGGAAGUCCAUAUUAGGCUUGGGGAGAGGCCACUGAACCUGCGUGUGGCGGGUCAAAGGUCAGAUGGAGACAUACCCCUGGGGAAACAGCUAGCCAAUGAGCUGAAGAGGCAUCACAGCAAUGGGGAGGGAAAGACCCCGGCGACGAGUCACCAUGGCAAUGUCGAGGGCAAAACUUUGGCCACAGAAAAUGGGAACGGGGCCGACUUCUCUCAAGGGGCUCUCAACCUUUCUGACAAGAAGACCAUCAAAUCAGAGCCAGAGGAUUCCAGAUAGCACCUCUUCUCCUCCUACUCCUCCUCCUUCCUCAUCCCUCUCUCAUAACAUAGUCGUCGUCGGUCAAUACUAAAAAAGCACAGCUGCAGUAGAGCCUUAACAACCAAUGUUGCCUCAAGUAAAGGGAUUUUACUUUUUGUUUAUUUUUUGCCAAAGCACCUAGAGAGCCUUUAUUUCUUUCCUUGUAGAAGCCCAGUUUUUUGUGUUUUCACUGACUGUGCUGAUUCCCCCACCCCUCUCUCCUUUCUUACUAUCAAGACUGAUGGCGAGUGGUCUGUAGAUGUCGUUUUUGUACAUACAUAAUUCUGACUCUGAAAAGCGUUUGUCAUUAAUGUUAUUUAAAUAUGUGCUGUGUAUAAUAAGGAAACAUAUUUCUGGUGGACUAUAGGAUAUCAGUUAUGUCCAGAUUGGGAAGAUGGAUGUCCCAGUUGUUACGAGGACAGGUUUAGCUCUGGUUUGUUAAGAGUGUAUGAGGACAACACCAGAAUAUCCUGGUAGUAUUCCCUUUCACUUCGAGUCAACCAGGAUUUGGCUCAGAAAAGUCUUAUUUAAUUUGACAAUGUGGUCCGAUUUGAUCAAAGCACUAACAAUAGGGUGUGCAGGUCAUUCGGGAAGUAUUCAGACCCCUUGACUUUUUCCACAUUUUGUUACAUUGCAGCCUUAUUCUAAAAUGGAUUAAGUAAGAAAAUGUCCCUCAUCAAUCUACACACUAUACCCCGUAAUGACAAAGUGAAAACAGGUUUUUAGAAAUGUUUGCCAUUGUAUAUGAAAAAGCAAAACAGAAAAAGCUUAGUUACAUAGGUAUUCAGACCCUUUGCUGUGAGACUCAAAAUUGAACUCAGAUGCAUCCUUUUUCCAGCGAUCCUCCUUGAGAUGUUUCUACAACUUGAUUGGAGUCCACCUGUGGUAAAUUGAAUUGAUUGGACAUGAUUUGGAAAGGCACACACAUGUCUAUAUAAGGUCCCACAGUUGACAGUGCAUGUCAGAGCCAUGAGGUCGAAAGAACCUGCUCAAGAGCGCUCAGGACCUCAGACUGGGGCGAAGGUUCACCUUCCAACAGGACAACGACCCUAUGCAUACAGCCAAGACAACGCAGGGUUGGCUUCGGGACAAGUCUCUGAA